CCAUCUGGGAUUGAAGAGGAAGCUGCUGAAAAUGGUGUUCCUAAACCAGUAACAUAAGGCUUUGGAAUUCAGUCGCUUCCGUAUUUAAAAUCUGUAGAUUUCUAGCUAAGAAGAAAGUCUACAUUCAGCUAGACUUUGGAGUAUCCUGCACAAUCUCGCUGUCAGAAAGUGACUGAAACUGAAUAUGAUAGUGACAGUGAUGAUGAUGAGGAUGAUGUUCAUGUCACUAUCGGAGACAUUAUAACGGGAGCACCACAAUAUGGCCCCGGUAGUGAAGAUUCUUCUAUCUCACCAUGGAGCCCUUAAACCUUGUGUAAGAGAUUACUAAGACGUUACAGGAUUGCUGACUACUGAAUUCAGUAGGAGGCAAGGAAAUGAGGACAAGAUGUAUAUAUAAAUGUGUUACUUACGCUUUAGGGCUGGAGUGACAGCACAGUGGGUAAGGCGUUUGCCUUGCAUGUGGCCAACAUGGCGACCUGGGUUCGAUUCCUCCGCCCGAGAGUAUCUCGCCCCCAGGGUAAAGUCUGGCAAGCUACCUGUGAUGUAUUUAAUAUGCCAAAAACAGUAAGAACAAGUCUCCCAAUUUGUUGUGAGACGUUACUGGUGCCCGCUCGAGCAAAUCGAUAAACAACGGGAGGACGGUGCUACAGUGCUACUUUCCCUUGACCAGCUUAGUUUCUUGGGAAGUGUGUAACAGUGGGACAUGUACUGGCAGGAGUUACGGAAAAGCACCAGUGAAUCUUAAUAUCAAGACAGGAGGAAGAGUUUAUGGAACUACAGGAACAAAAGUCAAAGGGGUAGAGCUCGAUGCACCUAGAAGUAUUAAUGGAGUUCCACUCUUGGAGGUAGAUUUGGAUUCUUUUGAAGAUAAACCAUGGUGUGAACCUGGCGCUGACCUUUCUGAUUAUUUAAUUAUGGGUUUAACGAAGAUACCUGGAACGCUUACUGUGAAAAACAAAAAAGGAUACGAAUGGGGCUUGAAGUUAUAGCAGUUACCUCAAUUACAAAUAUAUUUAUGGACCAUUAUCUUUCCUUAUGAAAAGGAAGACGACUCAGAAGUUUGCUAUUCAAAAGACCGUGUCAGAUGCAUUUCAGAAACUGCUCAUUGUGGUUUAGAAAGUGGUAAAGUAGCUGUGGAAUAUCGGCCUUUUGAGGAGCUCACUGAUGCCAGAACCGAAGGACUACAUGAUUUAAUUCAAAGAUUUCCAAGGAAACUCUAUUUCUUCCAUUGAUGGAAAUACAUGGAAGACAUACCCUUGGGUUGAGAAACUUUUUUGGGGUCUGGCCAAAGGCACAGCAGCAAUUUUGGGGUAUCUGGAAGUCUGAAGGCGCCAUCAGGUUGCUGAUGCACUCGACUCACAGAAUACUCAGUGACAAUUCUUUGGCAGAAUUACGUAAGGAUUCAUUUGAAGCCCUUCCAAACCUCAAGUACUUAGACUUAUCCUGCAAUAAAAUACAGUUUAUUGAAAGGCGGACAUUUGAAGCAGUACCGUAUUUGCAAUCUGUGAAUCUUAGUUGCAAUUUAAUCACCGAACUGAGCUUUGGAACGUUUCAGUCCUGGCAUGAAAUGCAGUUUUUACACAAAAUAAUUCUCAGCCAUAAUCCCCUAACAGCUAUUGAAGAUUCCUAUCUUUUUAAAUUGCCAGCAUUAAAAUAUCUAGACAUGGGAGCAACACAAGUGACACUUGCAGCAGUUCAAAACAUCCUCAUGAUGAAUCUUAAGCUAGAAAAACUGAUCUUACCUAACCAUCUAACCUGCUGCCUCUGCCAAUUUAAAAAUAAUAUUGACGUUGUCUACAAGACAGUCAAACUACGUUGUGACAGUGAAUGUCUUACCAGUAGUACACCCUGCGGUGAAGAACAAUACAUCAGUAAUAUGGACGGGGAAUUCAUGAAGGCUUUACAGGCCCGAAAGAAGAGUACCAGCACCGAGCUGACGAUUGAACCAGAGAAGGCCUCAUCCGAGAGAAACAGCCUGUCCUUUUUCCAUCAUGAACAGCUAGACAAUAGUCAUCAGCGUGAUAUGCUUACUAGACUAGAUUCCAUAAUGUCUUUGUUACAGGUUGGGGACAUAGAUGCAGAACCAACAUUGUUAUCCUUCAUUAAGUUUCUUUUUAAAGAUGUGCAAGAUGGAGGAAAUCCUCUGGCUCCUUCGAAAACCAGCACGGCUUGGAUUUCUAUACAGCCCGAAUCCAACAGUGAAAUCUACAAUAAGGUGAAAAAAAUCCAUGUUCUCCAAAGUCUAAUCAACACAGAAAUUCAAGAAAAAGUCCACAAAGUUAGAAAGAAGGAGAAAACUGCCACGCAGGUCCAUUCCAGUCUUUUCGGGCCCAAAUUUAAACGCCAUUUUUUUCCAAAGAAAUUGGAAACUGUCGGGCCACCAAAGAAAAAACACUUAGGAAAUGUUCAGGAGUGGGAGACGCAACCACUGCAAGGGAGCAGCGUGCUCAAGGAUCCCGGGGGCCUGCAGAAGAGUUACUUCAAAGAAGAGGGCACUCCCCUCAGCCAGAGGCGAGGGAAGGCUUGGUCCAUGGCGGGGAACAUUGCCCAAGAAAGACGGCACAGGCAGCUGGCCCCGGAAAGACCGAAAGACUUUAUCUUGGCAGGGAGGCCCAGGAAAUUGGUGGAAAGCUCCUUCAACGAGGAGUCAUCCUUCAUCCAGGAGCACAGGGCGCCGGCCUCCGUGCCCCUGGAACAGCACUCCAUGGGCAGCCCGUCUGCCGCCGCUGCUUUCCAAGUGCCACUGGAGGACGAAAUCCCAUCCAAAGACCUGAAAAGAACUCUACGCGUCUUAGAGGAUGCGGGCGCUCGAGUUCGGAACAUGAAGGUUCCCAGCCCCGUGUCACACACCGGGAAGAACUACCAGUUUCGUAAACUUGACUCUCAGCUGGGCCGCAGAAUACCCCAGGCCAGAGUGAACACAGCGACAAAAGAAGCAGCACCGCAGAGGCCGGUGCUGGCCAGGAGGCCUCCUUUCGGUGCAGUGAAGCGCCUCGUCAACUCCCCGCCGAGGGAGGGGUCUCUGUCCUGGAGACACCAGGACAAACCUGUCACGGAGCCAUUCCUUUCAUUGCGCUCCAGCCGGGAAAAGAAGACCGCGGAGAGCACGCGUGCUCCAAACGGGGGGGAUGCCAGAAGCAUCGUGCCGCCAGAGAAAACUGCCGGUAUCCAAAGCACUGCCCCUGAGGAGGAAGAGGGGAUGGAGGACAGCCUCAUGCCGGCUGUCAGACAGCCCAACGAGAUGCAGUGGGAAUAUCAGAAGGUGGCCACCGACAUCGACUCCCCCCCACAGAAACCCGACCCCAGAGACGAACUUGAGAUGCAGCUCAUCCAGAAGUUGCGGCCCCUUAUCCCCAACAGUAAUGUGAGGAAGUUCAUUGCCCAAGUAAUUCGGACUCUGAAAAUGGACUGCUCCGAUCCCCGGGUGCAACUGGAGUGUGCCAAGGUGGUCCACAAAACCGGGCUCCUGAUGAAGCUUCUUAGUGAGCGGCAGGACGUAAAGGUGUCCAGUGAAAAAUGGGAUACGGACCAGUGGGAGGCUGAGAACUACAUCAGUGAGAAUACCGAAGGCCAGGGUGAUCAGAAACAGCAGGAGGCAAGUGAGCUCAUAAAAGUUCCAGGAUAUGUUGUGUACCACAAUCAAAAAGCAGUCGUUGCAAUAAAUGUGGCUGUCGUCGUGAUAUUAUUGGUUUUAAUUUUAUGUCUCAUUGAGAUUUAUUCUUGUAGAGCAAGACAGAGUAAAGAUGGAAGAUCCAGGGAGCCCAGGGAAGUCAUGAAGAGAGCAGCACGGACUCCUGAGGAGAAAGCAGCCAAGGAGACCAAGACAGCCAAGACUCCCAAGACCCAGGGAGCACAGGGGACACAGGCACCACAGCGCUCCCCACCACCAAUUGUCCCCCUGGCACGACAGACCAGCGAGCCUCCACAUGGCUCCCUAGAACCACAGAACGCAGAGUCACCACACUCCAUCGGGUCUUCACAGCCCGUCGCAGCACGACAGUCCGUCAAGGCUCUGCAGACCCCUCAUGUGCAGCAGAUCUUCAGAUCCCAGGAGAUCCUGUCAUCCCCGGAGAUUUCAGAUCAAACGGAUGAGUAACAAAAGAAGUCAUCACAGGCAGCCGUGGUGUUAGAGGCCCUACAGUGAACACCUCCUGCUUCAUACCACCUGGACAUUUUAUUGUCUGAAGAGCCUCUUGGCAGUUGCUGUAAAAUUCUUCUUUUUCGUAUGUUAAAUACAUACAUGCAUA